UCAAAAUUGUCAUGUGACAUUUGUCUGAAAUCAGCAGGUGAAGGUUGCUGGACUGAGGGUUUUUUCGCAGUUCUUAUUUCUUCAGAAAAGAUCGAAAUUUUACAAUGGCCCUAGCUGCACUUCCCUUAAUCAUCUUCACCGUCAUUUGGGGCGUUGUAGGAAUUUUCCUGCCAUUCGUCGUCCCAAAAGGACCAAACAGAGGAAUUAUCCAGUGUAUAUUGAUGCUAACAGCGGCAUGUUGCUGGUUAUUCUGGCUCUGCUGCUACCUAGCACAGAUGAAUCCAUUGAUUGGACCCGCACUCAACAAGAACUCUAUUCUUAUCAUCGCUAAGGAAUGGGGAAAUAACAUCGAGGACAACUAAAAGGGGUUGAUUGCAGCUCGUUCACGCUAUAUCAUUAAAGUUAGCGUAGUAUUACGCAAACACAAUUCCAUGUAUUAUAUUUUCGAUUUAAUAUAAAAAAGUGUUAAUAAAGUAUUUGUGUUGAGUUA